GCGGGGCUUAGCCAGACCGAUUUGCCUCACCCACAGCACUUGCCUCACACCCAGCGCCUGAGAGGCACCACAGACAUUUAGCAGCCAGAAGCUGCCUCUGCAUGGUCAGGUGGGCCCCGUUCUGAAGUCCGCGGGGCCUCCCAGGCCUGCUCUGUGGCCAGGGCCCGCUCCCAGCCCAGUCGCCCCAGGCCCUAGAAGGCCACUGUUUAGGGAGGAGCUCGUAUCUGGCGUCGCCACCUACAAAUGCCCUCGUUUCUAUGGCCGCAAGCAGCUCAGGGGGCUUUUUGGACUCAAAACACCUUCCCCUUCCCCGUGUCUGGCGUUUCGCUCUCCACCCGCCCCCCGCCCCCCUGCCUCAGGGAAUGACACUCAGCCAAGAAUCCAAGCCCAGAUGGCAGGCAAGGAGGGGACUGGAACAGGCUGGCUGAGAGACAGCUUUCCCCAUGACCUUGCUUUCCAGCUGUUAGCCCACUAGUCCAGUAAUCAGAGUGCCCAGGGUUCAGACUCAGUCCCACCUCUUCCCUGAUGUGUGGCCUGGGGCAAGCUCCUUAACCUCUCUAAGUCUCAGCUCCUCAUCUGGCAGAAGCAACCCAAGCGUGGAUGCGACUGUUGCAGAGUUUUAAAUUAAGUAAUGUAGGGACUAGACUGUGUGCUUCCACUGCCUGGAGUAGGGGUCUGAUCCCUGGUCGGGGAACUAAGAUCCCACAUGUCAUCCAGCAUGGCCAAAAAAUUAGAGUUAAUUGUAAAGAAAGUACGCAGGACAGUGCCUGCAGGCACCCUCAGGAGAACUGUAUUAUUUGUUUCUGGGCAAAAGUUGGAGGUCUCCCAGCCCAGGGGUCCCCCAGGCGCCGGAGCAUGCAAAGGAAGAAGGCAGGAAUCCUGGGUCGGGGUGAGUGGAAGAGGCGCAGACCAGCCCUGGUCCAUCCUCAGUUGCCGUGCAGCAGCGGGUUGGUUAGAUCUUGCCACCAGCCUCGGGAUGUAAUUAAGUUGCUGAUGAACCCAAACGUGUCUCUGGGGAGCCAGGAGCUGUCCCUGGUUUCCUCUGCCUGUAGAUUAAUUCUUGUUUUUCCUUCUUUUUCUCCCUCCUCUUCUCUCUCCCCCCUCCCUCCUUCUUCCCAAGCAAGCAAAAAAAAAAAAGCCUUAUUUAUUAUCAUUUUCCCCACUGUUGGCAUGGCAACACAGGCGUACGUUACUGAGUUACAGGCGGCCCCGCAACCAUCCCAGCCACCACAGGCUCCGCCACAAGCCCAGCCGCCACCGCCGCCCUCCGCGGCACCCCAGCCCCCCCAGCCCCCCGCCACCGCCGCCACCCCCCAGCCCCAGUAUGUCACCGAGCUGCAGAAUCCGCAGCCCCAGGCGCAGCCACCGGGCAGCCAGAAGCCGUAUGUGACAGAGCUCCCGGCUGCCCCCACGCCCUCGCAGCCGGCCGGCGCACCCACCCCGUCCCCGGCGUCCCAGCAGUACAUCGUGGUCACCGUCUCCGAGGGUGCCAUGCGGGCCAGCGAGACUGUGUCAGAGGCCAGCCCAGGCUCCACGGCUAGCCAGACCGGAGUCCCCACUCAGGUGGUUCAGCAGGUGCAGGGCACCCAGCAGCGACUACUGGUCCAGACAAGCGUGCAGGCCAAGCCGGGCCACGUGUCACCCCUCCAGCUCACCAACAUCCCGGUGCCCCAGCAGGCUCUCCCCACGCAGCGUCUGGUGGUGCAGAGCACAGCCCCAGGCGGCAAGGGCGGCCAGGUCUCCCUGACGGUGCACGGCACCCAGCAAGUGCACUCACCCCCCGAGCGGUCACCAGUGCAGGCCAACAGCUCCUCCAGCAAGACGGCCGGGGCCCCCACGGGCACGGUGCCGCAGCCGCUGCAAGUCCAUGGUGUCCAGCAGAGUGUCCCCGUCACCCAAGAGAGGUCAGUGGUUCAGGCCACUCCACAGGUGCCCAAAGCUGGCCCCGUGCAGCAGCUCACGGUGCAAGGACUCCAGUCGGUCCAUGUGGCUCAAGAGGUGCAGCAACUACAGCAGGUGCCAGUCUCACACGUGUAUCCCAGCCAAGUUCAGUACGUGGAGGGCGGUGAUGCCAGCUACACGGCGAGUGCCAUCCGCUCUAGCACCUACUCCUACCCAGAGACACCACUGUACCCGCAGACGGCAGGCACCAGCUACUACGAGGCCGCCGGCACGGCUGCCCAGGUCAGCACCCCUGCCACUUCCCAGGCGGUGGCCAGCAGCGGCUCUGUGCCCAUGUACGUGUCUGGCAGCCAGGUUGUCGCCAGCUCCACCAGCAGUGGGAGUGGAGCCGGCAGUGGCGGCAGCGGCAGCGGCGGCAGCGGCAUCAGCGGCGGCGGCAGCGGCGGCGGCGGGGGUGGCGGCGGCGGGGGUGGCGGCAGCGGCGGCGGCGGCGGAGGCGGCGGCGCAGGCACCUACGUGAUCCAAGGCGGCUACAUGCUGGGCGGUGCCAGCCAGUCCUACUCCCACACCACCCGUGCCUCACCAGCCACCGUCCAGUGGCUCCUGGACAACUACGAGACGGCCGAGGGCGUGAGCCUGCCGCGGAGCACCCUGUACUGCCACUACCUGCUGCACUGCCAGGAGCAGAAGCUGGAGCCCGUCAACGCCGCCUCCUUCGGCAAGCUCAUCCGCUCCGUCUUCAUGGGCCUGCGCACCCGUCGCCUAGGCACCAGGGGCAACUCCAAGUACCACUACUACGGCCUGCGCAUCAAGGCCAGCUCGCCCCUGCUGCGGCUGAUGGAGGACCAGCAGCACAUGGCCAUGCGGGGCCAACCCUUCUCCCAAAAACAGAGGCUGAAACCCAUCCAGAAGAUGGAGGGCAUGACCAACGGCGUGGCCGUGGGGCCACAGCAGGCCACUGGACUCUCGGACAUCAGCGCCCAGGUCCAGCAGUACCAGCAGUUUCUGGAUGCCUCGAGAAGCCUCCCUGACUUCUCAGAGCUUGAUCUCCAGGGCAAAGUGCUGCCCGAGGGCAUCGGACCUGGGGACAUCAAGGCCUUCCAGGUCCUAUACCGGGAACACUGUGAGGCCAUCGUCGAUGUCAUGGUGAACCUGCAGUUCACACUGGUGGAAACGCUCUGGAAAACCUUCUGGAGGUACAACCUGAGCCAGCCCAGCGAGGCGCCGCCGCUGGCUGUGCACGAUGAGGCUGAGAAGCGGCUGCCCAAGGCCAGCCUGGUGCUCCUCUCCAAGUUCGAGCCCGUGCUGCAGUGGACCAAGCACUGUGACAACGUGCUGUACCAGGGCCUGGUGGAGAUCCUCAUCCCGGAUGUGCUGCGGCCCAUCCCCAGUGCCUUGACCCAAGCGAUCCGGAACUUUGCCAAGAGCCUGGAGAGCUGGCUCACCCACGCCAUGGUGAACAUCCCCGAGGAGAUGCUGCGGGUGAAGGUGGCAGCGGCCGGCGCCUUCGCGCAGACCCUGCGUCGCUACACGUCGCUCAACCACUUGGCACAGGCGGCGCGCGCUGUGCUGCAGAACACCGCGCAGAUCAACCAGAUGCUGAGCGAUCUCAACCGCGUGGACUUCGCCAACGUGCAGGAGCAGGCUUCGUGGGUGUGCCGCUGCGAGGAUCGCGUGGUGCAGCGACUGGAGCAGGACUUCAAAGUGACGCUGCAGCAGCAAAACUCACUGGAGCAGUGGGCGGCUUGGCUGGAUGGCGUCGUGAGCCAGGUGCUCAAGCCCUACCAGGGCAGCACCGGCUUCCCCAAGGCAGCCAAGCUCUUCCUCCUCAAGUGGUCAUUCUACAGCUCUAUGGUGAUCCGGGACCUGACCCUGCGCAGCGCCGCCAGCUUCGGCUCCUUCCAUCUCAUCAGGCUGCUCUACGAUGAGUACAUGUACUACCUGAUCGAACAUCGUGUGGCCCAGGCCAAGGGCGAGACCCCCAUCGCCGUCAUGGGCGAGUUCGCCAAUCUGGCCACUUCUCUGAACCCCCUGGACCCGGACAAAGACGAGGAGGAGGAGGAAGAAGAGGAGAGCGAGGAUGAGCUGCCGCAGGACAUCUCUCUCGCGGCCGGCAGCGAGUCGCCUGCGCUGGGCCCCGAGGCUCUGGAGCCACCGGCCAAGCUGGCGCGGACAGACGCGCGCGGCCUCUUCGUGCAGGCACUGCCCUCUAGCUAAACCCGCGGCCUUCCCCGCCCCUCACCGCCCGCCCUCCCCCACCGCCCCUCCUCGCCAGGGUCCUUCACAGCUUCUGUGGCUUCGCUGUCACCGCUCCAGCUUCGGCCAGGGCCAGGAGGGGGCCUCCAAGACAGGGAAGGCUGGGGGGGUCCCUGCCCCCCCCCCCCCAUGGGGCCCGCACAAUCACAGGGCCGGGCGGAGCCGCAGCUGCAAACACUGACACAAAAGACGUGCCUUAAGGAACCCGCCACAGUGCCCAGGUGCCCCCUGGGGCAGCCAGCUUGGCCCCUUGGCCCCAAAGGCUGCAUCAUCUCUCUCCCUCCCUCCCCCAGCCCCACCCCCACCACCCCAGGGGGCAGGCAGGCAGGCCCCCUACCUUGCAGAACUGUUAACUUAUUCAGCUCGCUGGCUUUGCACAGCCUGUCCUGGGCCCAGCCCUGAGCCCCGGGUGGGCGCAGGUGGGCAUCACCUGGGGACCCACCACUGUCGGCAGCAGCAGCCCCGGGACCCCUCCCUCAGUAACCCCACCGCUUCCCCCUCCUUGGUAUAAGUGCAAUUAAAGCCGUGGGUGUCGCAUCUUCUCCAGCGCUGGACCCUCCCGUGCCCCACAGCCCCAGAGGGGGGCACUGCCCAGCCUGGACAGGGGGGUAGGGCAGAAGGGGCACCAUCUCUGGCUUCCAAAGAGCAGCAGGCUGGGCCGGGCGAUAAGCCCAGAGGGGCCUGCUGCAGGCAGCGGGCCCGGAAGUGCCCACGCCUGCCCCGGCCGGGGCUGGGUGCUCCGCUUGCUCGUAUCCAAGCCCCUAAGCCCCCUUGCCGCUGGUUUGUAAUGGAAUCUCCACGCUCCUACUCAACCCCCACCUCCGCUCCUGGAGACCGUGCUUCUCCUCCGUGUGUGGGACCUCUGCCCCUCCCCACCCCCCACAUGACUAUUGUGCGAUUUGUGAGCGGAGUCGGUAACUUGUUGGGUUUUUUUCCAACCAUCAUGGCCUUAUCUGUUCUGGUUUUCUCAGUGUUUUCAACCUGUGAGAUAGAUGUUUAUGGCAAAAAGCGAAAAAAAAAAAAAAACCUGACCUAUUGUAUAAAAAUCACUAUUUUGUGUGCUCCGCGUGCUACAGCUUUUGGGAGUGGUUUGCCCACUCCCUCUCCCACUCCUCUGGGCCUCCCUUCUCCUGGCGGUGAAAGUGUCCACGCGUGUGGUAGUCUAGUGUGCCGAGCUGUUUUCUAUCUUUUUGUAGUCUUUCUUAAAACACAAUAAAUUCCACUGUCAUA